AAUAAACUAAAUAAAGUUAAAACUUUGAUCUUAAAACCCGUAUUGGCACAGGGCUUUUUACACAGAGGUCAAACGUCGUAUGUUUAUUUCAACAGGACUUCCGAAAUCAUUGUCUUUAUGUUUGCGCGAUUAAUUUAUAGAAAACAUUUCAGCUUAACUCGCAGUUCUUGUCUUCGUUUCAUUCAAACAAGAACAAUGAAGUUCUUAACACAAGAAGAAGCGCAAAAAAUUGACCAGGAGCUUUUUAAUGAGUUUGCAUUCAGCGUUGAUCAAUUGAUGGAACUGGCUGGUUUUAGUGUUGCUCUUGCACUUACCAAAGCUUAUCCUAACACACUUGGAAAACCCAGUGCUGUUUUAGUUUGUUGUGGUCCUGGAAAUAAUGGAGGAGAUGGUUUGGUUGCAGCUAGACACUUAAAAAUGUUUGGCUAUAACCCAUCAAUAUUUUAUCCUAAGAGAACUGACAAACAGCUGUAUAAAAACCUUGUCACGCAAUGUACCAUGAUGGACAUACCAUUUAUCACAGACCUUCCUGCAGCCUCAGACAUUGAUGGAACAUAUAGUUUUAUUGUUGAUGCAAUAUUUGGCUUCAGUUUCAAAGGGAAUAUCAGAGAACCAUUUUGUGGUGUUAUCAACACACUGAAAAAUGUUACAGUUCCUCUAUGUUCAGUGGAUGUUCCCUCUGGUUGGGAUGUGGAAAAAGGUGCCCCAGAUGGUCUACAGCCAGAUUUUCUUAUCUCUCUCACAGCUCCUAAACUUUGUGCCAAAUUAUUCAAAGGGAAAUAUCACUAUAUUGGAGGCAGAUUUGUACCAAACAUUUUGCAUGAUAGAUAUAAACUUGAACUACCUGACUACCCAGGAACUGAUUGUUGUGUUAGAGUUGACAACUGAUGUGUUCAUACAAUGCUAAA